AUGACUGGAAAGUGGCUGGAAUGGUGCAUAUUGUGCUGCGCGACCUUCCUCGUCGUCAUCUACACGUGGCCCCUGUCACCAACGAAAAAUUACGAUCAGGCAUUCCAGCAACUAGUAGAAAUCUCGGCACGAAAUUCGUCGUCCGCCAACCCUGACCCAAAGCAUCCAGAUAUCCGGGACACAAAUACUGCCUCACAAAAGCCGGUCCAGAAGCCAGUCACUUGGCUGCAACUUGUGAGGGCGGAAAUGCUUGCAAGACCUGCUGACCUGAUCAGGGAACAUCCCACUUUCUACUUCGGCGUGGGCCAAGACCCCUUCCUGCGAGCGGGUUGCCCAGUGAGCAGCUGUUACAUCACCACUAACCGCACUGAGGUUCCCUACCAAAAGAUCGAUGCUCUCGUCUGGAUCCCCAUCGAGAACGAUAAGAGCUUCCCUCCCGUCAGAUCACCGCACACACGAUACAUCUACUAUGACUGGGAGCCUCCACUCGUGGCUGGAUUGGGCAAAAAACAACUAGAUUCAUUGAAGUACGUCUUCAAUUAUACCAUGACUUAUCGGAGAGACUCUGACAUCUUCAAUCCGUACGGAGUGUUUCGCCCUCUUGCCACACCUCGAUUGCUCCUAUCGACUAAAGACUACUCGCGUGGUAAAAACAAACAGGCGGUGUGGUUCGUGUCGAACUGCGAGGCCAGGAGCGGAAGAGACAUGUUAGGAGAAGAACUCAAUUACUAUAUUUCAGUGGAUGUCUAUGGACGUUGUGGGUCGAUGAGUUGUUCUCGGUCCAUUCAAAACGAGUGUUACAGACGGGCUGCAGAGACAUAUAAAUUCUAUUUGAGCUUUGAAAACUCAUUGUGUGAUGAUUACAUUACCGAAAAAUUUUUUUUAACCGCCAGGUACGACAUCCUGCCGGUUGUGUUCGGCCUGGGGGCGUAUGAGGUGGUCGCUCCACCACACUCUUUCAUCAACGCCUUCGACUUCCCAAGCAUCCGCCACCUCGCGGACUAUCUCAUCUACCUCGACAAAAACAACACCGCAUAUAACGAGUACUUUCGGCCCAACACAUAG